CUUCUGGCCUGGUACAUUGAGCAUGCUCAGACUUGAGGACUUGUAGGAACUGCUGAGGAGCUGCUGAACCGUUGUGGAGGAGCAGCAGAAUCCGGAAGAAGAGAAGUUAUACAGUUGCCCAGCAGAGACGCCUCUUUGCUGUCUCAGCCUGGAGGCCUGUGGUAACAGUUACAGUAGGAACAUCCCACCUGGAAAUCUUCCAGUGGACAUCAUUUUAUCCUGGGAACCCACAAUUUCCUGGUCUUCACCAAGUUCUGGAUAGCCAGAAGAAUUUCAUAAUGCCUGUGAUUAUUAUUGAGCAUUUCCACAAAUGUUUACAUCAUAUGCAGGAAAAGAACCAUAAAAACCCCUCUAAGACAAAUCCUCAAGUUGAUCAUGAAAAGUACCAGGGAAGGGACACUGAGAUGACAAGGUCUAAAUUUGAAGUUUCCUAUCUUGGAUCAUCCACCUGAUGAGUACUGUAAUGAUGAUUCUCUUUAUUGGAAGGGACUGCUGGAAAGGCAUCAACUCCAACCUCCCUCACUGAGCAAGAACAGCAGAUGAACAAGGUGGAUAAACUGACCCUUCAGCUACAGAUGAUGACCAAUGAAAGGAAUGAACUCUCUAUAAUCCUGGCCAAUUUCACCAACAAUGAUUUGAACAACAGGCUGAAUUUUGAGCUGGAGAUGCUGAAUAUGGAGCAUAAAAAAGUGAUGUUGGACCUGGAGAAAUUCCCUAAAGAGAUUAGUGAGGCCUUGAACAAGUGCAAGGAGUUGACCGAGGAAACUCUCUCCUGCAGCAUCCUUCACAGCCAGCUCCUGAGUGAGUGGACUCAUCUGAAGGAAAAAGUGAGCAUCUUGAGAGAGGAGAACCGAAAGCUGAGGGGGGAGCAGAUUUCACUACAAGAGUCCUGUGAGGAGCUGAGGAGGCUCUGUGGGGAGGCCCAUGAGAAGAUCUAUGACCUCUGGGCCAAGGAAAAGCAGAAACAGGAAAGAUUGGACGAGAGACUGCAAUACCUGCUGAAGCAGAGAGAUCUGGUCACCAAGCACAAGGUCUUGGCAGAAAAGCUGCAGCAUUACUUCACUGUCUCCCAGAUGAGCACCACUUAAGAGAACUCCACUCUAGCAUCAACACCUCCUCAACAAAAGACAUCUUGUAGCUCUGAACUAACCAGUGAGGAAAAUCCCAACCUACCAGCAACCUACUAAAUAAUGUUGAUUCAUUAUUCCAGGAGAAAAUAAAUCAUCAGAAAGAAGCUUGAGCUACAGAGGACCUGCCAAGACUACUCAGAACUCAGACAUCUAUUAACAAGUGGCCCUCAAACGGGACACAGCAGCAUGAGGAGGGUAUGUUGGUGAGCCAGAGUUACUCUGUCAGUUUACUCUCCAUGUCUUUAGUAAGCUGUCUGAGUCCUCCACAUGUGGUGAGAAAUCCGACAAGAAAGCCUGCAUGGCUGUCAUGCUGUUAUCUAUACAUACCACAUGGAGAAGAAUAGGAUUCCCUCCCCAGGGCAAUGCUGAAGCCAACUCCAUGUCACAUGAAAGUGUUGCUGAAGAUGACACACUGCAGGUGCUACAGCACUCCUUCACACCUAUGUUAGUUAGUCAUCGGAUCUUCCAUCAAGAAAAUGACUAGGGAUUCUCCAGUGUCACAGCCUGGACUGGCAGGACUGGUCCUGAGAAAGAACUUAUAGAGGAGGUCUGAGUCAUCUUUGGUGCUUUGGAAAGCCAAAUGUACUCCAUUGAUUCGUUGGGUCUAGAGUAGAAGAAUAUUUGUAGCUUAAGUUUUUGGAGGGGUCUUUUCUUUGCUGGGGUUUUGUUUGCUUGGUGUUUUUAGUUUAGUUUAGUUAGAAAUUUUGUUAUUUUUUGUUAAUUUUUUUAUUCUUGUCAGUGUUUUAAUAGUUGGCUAAGUAUAUACACUGCAUUUACUGACUGCCUUUUAAAAGUCCCCAUUGAAGACUUUUUGUGAAUAAAAAAGCAAUUUCCAACUCUUCA